UGUAACUUGUCGGGGCUGGAGACUGGAUGAACCUGAAUUUGAAGCCGGGAGGUGUGGUGUGGGCCAGGGUGUGGGCUGGCGUCUCCGCACUCGCCUUUCCUCUCUUUCCUCCACAAACCAACCACCGAAGAACGACACACAGCCAACUGACAAUCCAACCGACAACGUACCUCAUAUUCAUGACUGGAAAGAGAUAAGAGUAGUAUAGUACUAUCUACUCACAGCGACAAAGCAGUCAGGAUCAUGGCUACCACCGUGCAACCAGCCGACCCUUCGGCAGCAGUCCAAGUCGACGACGACGACGACCAGCACCUCCAAACAGAAGACACUCCUCUCCUAAGAGGGGAGACACAACAACAGGCCGCCAACGGAACAUACCCAGACCACUCCGACCUCCUCAUAAAGGCCACCAAGAACAGCUGGAAACAAUGGCUGUGCCUGGGCCUUCUCGUCCUAACCUUUGCGACCUCCGUCGCAUUUCUAUGUGUGUAUUUUAUCUACAUCCCGCAUAAGCUCCGUGACGCAUUGGCGGGCAACGAUGCUGAUGUUCGCGGGGUGCAUAUCGUCUCCCUCAACCCGGAUGGCGUUGUUCUCUCGAUGAACGCCGUAGCGCACAACGACGAAAUCCCGCCUGUCGACGUGACCAUGCAACCGACGCUGUUCUCGUUGCUGAAGGUGGACAACACGCAGGAGUCCCACGAGAGCCACAUAGUUGGCUCAAUGCAGUUCCCCGGGUUGGAAGUGGCAAAGGGCAGUCCGGAGGUGCCUAUCGAGUUUGUGAGCUCGGUGGAUCAUUUGAAUGUUCCCGUUUUGCGCGAGUUGAUACGGGCGGCGUUGAAUAAGAGCGCCGAUGUUGCGCCGGUGCAGAUGUUUGUUAUGCAGGCUAGCCCGAUGAUGACUUUGCAUGGGUUGGGAUCGUGGAUUGUUCCCAUGCAGAAUGCGAUUGUGUUCGACAAAAACAACGUGUCCACCCCCGACACAUCCAAGCUAAACGCCUCCGUAACAUACAACGUCACCAUGGAAUCCCUCUCCGUCUACAAAAUCAACAUCCACGCCUCCUUCGACAAUCCCACCGUCGUCUCCUACGCCCCACAACCCUUCUCCCUCCAGUUCUCCAUGUUCUACGACGGCACCCGCGUCAUGGAUUUCGUCCUGCCCCCCACAACCCACCUCACACUCGGCCGGAACACCAACCUGACCGUCCUUGGAACGAGCUUGCCGGCGGGAAUCGGCAAGCUGAUGGAGUUUGUGGGCAAGUACGCCGCGGGGGAUACCACCACCGUCUUGUUCAAGAGGUUUCGACCAAAGUAUGUGAAGAAGAUGCACAGGCUGCGGUGGUUGGAGGAGGUACUGAAGGAGGUCGAUUUUGAGGUCGAGGUGCCUGGCGCGACGGAGGCAGAUGACCUGCGGUGGGUCAGGAGUAUUGCGAGUGUAGCGAGACCUUUGCACGCCGCUUCGGCGAGUGCGAAACGGUUGGGGAGGCGGUGGUUGGACCACUUCAUCAAUUGAUUGUGGACGGGUCAUCCUGCUGUGAACCCCUGUCUCUGCUUGCGUAGCUCGCCUUGCGGUUUUUUUUUUGAUGAAGCACAACCAUUUUGGCAAGCUGUGACCCUCAUCGUUGUAUUUUCACACACACCCUUGUG